AUGCGCUCUUCAACUGUCCUCACACUUGCCACGGUUGGCUCUAUUGCCUCCGGGUACCAGCUCCCCGCCAAGCUCAAGUCCCUCUAUGAUCAGCACAAGUCUGGAUCCUGCUCCAAGAAGCUGGCUGGUCCUUUCAGCGGCGGCGCUUCCUACUGCGGUGACAUUGCCAAUGUCAUCUUCCUAAAGGGCAAUGGUGCCUAUGACAACAUGGACAUUGACUGCGAUGGGGCCAACAGAACCGGCGGCGCUUGUGCCAAUGAUCCCAGCGGGCAGGGUGAGACGGCCUUCAAGGACACUGUCAAGACCUACGGCAUCCCAGACCUUGAUGCCAACGUCCAUCCCUAUGUUGUUUUUGGCAAUGACGGCAGUUCCCCGUCCUUCAACGCCCAGGCACAUGGUAUCAAGCCUCUCUCAGUGAUGGCUGUGGUUUGCAAUGGCCAGGUGCACUACGGUAUUUGGGGUGACACCAAUGGCGGUACUUCGACCGGCGAAGCUUCCCUGGCCAUGGGCAACCUGUGUUUUCCCAACGAGCACCUCACAGGUAACAACGGCCACGACGGCAAGGAUGUCCUGUAUAUCGCUUUCACCGGCGCCGAUACCGUUCCCGGAAAGAAUGGCGCCAACUGGAAGGCCAAGAACAGCGACGACUUUGCGAAGAGCAUCAAGAGCCUUGGUGAUAAGCUAGUCGGCCGCCUGUAA